GAAUCUUCCAGGGGCUUGCUCUUGAAGGCUCACGGAGAGCGAAUGUCGUCAUGAGCGAUCAACAGGACAGUAUGGCCACCACUGUUGCUGUCAGUCCCAGCGAGUAUCUCCAGCCCUCUGCCACUUCCUCUCAAGACUCCCAGCCCUCCCCACUGGCCCUCCUGGCCGCCACCUGCAGUAAGAUCGGCCCCCCUGCCGCUCAGGCCCCCGUCAGUGCCCCUCCUGCCCAACCCCAACCUCGGCGUCUCCUCCCCAUCAAGCCCGCCCCCAUCGCCCCCGCCCCUCCCAAAAACCUGGGCUUCCUGUCCGCUAAAGGAAAUGUGAUCCAGCUGCCAGCGGGCCUGGGCUCCAACAGCCCCGGCAGCCCCAUCGUCCUCACCAUCCAGCAGAGCCCUGGCCGCUCUAAUCAAACAUCCAACAUCCAGUACCAGGUGGUGCCGCAGCUGGGAGGCACACAGACCAUCCAGAUGAUGCAGCAGGGUGGACAGAUCCAGCUCAUCCCAGGUACCAACCAGGCCAUCAUCACCACGCCCAUGACAGUCCCCCAGCCGCAGCCCGCUGCCGCGCCCAUCACCCCGCAGAAGACAGUGGCCAUCAAGCCGUCCCCCAGGGGGCGGAAACCCAAUGCAGCCAACGUGGUGCGGCUGCCCAGCGGGCUCACGCUGCCCCUCAACGUAGCCACCGGAGAGGAGCCAGCGGCAGCUCCUCCCCCGCCAACGAAGGGCAGACGAGGCAGGAAGAAGCUGGUGGCAGCAGCCCCUCCACCACAGCCCACCUCCCCGCCCCAGCAGAUGGAGACGAUAUUGAUAGAGGCCGGGGAGAAUAUUAUUCAGGCGGGUAACCAGCUCCUGAUCGUGCAGAACACCGGGUCAGGCCAGCAGCAGCUGGUGCAGCUGGUGCAGCAGAAACAGGAGCAGCAGGUGGUCCAGAUCCCCCAGCAGGCCCUGAAGGUGGUGCAGGCCGCCUCCGCCACCCUGCCCCAGGUCCCCCAGAGACAGCCUGCAACCAGCCUGCAGCCAGAGCCCACUCAGCUCCUGAUCAAAACGGCAUCGGGCGAAUGGCAGACUGUGCAGCUCCAGGAAACCACAGUUUCCACGGCAACAACGCCCUCCAGCAUGGUCACCACCACCCUGUCGUCCGUGGGGGCCACCAAGCGAACACUGGCGGGGGGCAGGAAGGAGAGGACCCUACCAAAAAUAGCACCGGCGGGGGGAAUGAUAGCGCUAAACGCAGCCCAGCUCUCCUCGGCGGGCCAGGCCGUGCAGACUAUAAACAUCAACGGG